AUGCUGAAAGCAUCUGUUCUGAAACACAUGAAAUAUCCUAGCCACAUCCAACGGGUGGCGGAGUAUCAUGUGGCACGGGAACAGGCCAGGACUCAGGCAGAUAUACCUGAGCAGCGGAAUUCUCCACCGGAGUUGGUGCACAUGGAACGGGAAGAACAUGGAUUUUUGGAUCCGAUUCCAUCACCUUGGCAUCCCUUUGAUGGGCUCCCAGACGAACAAUCUCACUUUGACAAAGAUGGUGCUAACCGAGGUUGCGCUGAUGAGUCUUCAAUCUACUCCGAAUCCAGCACAAGUGAUUCCAGCAGCGGCAUCAGUGACGCAUCUCAGAUAUCAGAGUACGACUCAAACAAUGAGGCUGAUGACGAGGAGUGGGAACUUCCUCGACCAGGCCCGCAACCUUCACCAGGAGUCAACCCUGCUGAGCCCGCUGAGCCAGACACAUCAGGUCGUCGAAACCAGUGUGAUGGGGAAAAAGAUUGGUGGCCUUACCGAUCCAAAGAGGUAGAGCUGAACUCUUAUCUGUUUAUCAAUUAA